AUGGCCUUCUCUCGAAGCAAAGUCCUGCUGUUGGAAAAGGAGUUAGCGGAUCACGUGACAAUGAAGAACGGCCCCAAUAAAUCAUCCCAAGCUGAUAUGACCAGAAAGGAAGCAAAUUACAAGGAAGAACCGCCCAAGUCGACUUCCGCAACACCCGAAACGAAAAAGGGAGAUCAUGAACACGAUAGUCUCAAAAUCUACCGUGAAGGGCCUAAUACCGAGAGUGGCGAAUUGGAUCCUAAAUCCAAAUCGGAGGAAGUGAAACGCCAUAACAAAUUUGUUGCCGAUCAUCAUGAAAAGCUUUAA